CCUAGCUUGGCCCUCUCCUCAGAAACUCCAGUCCCUUCCCCUACGCAGAUUAGCGGCGGCUGAAGAAGAGAAGAUGAAGUACAAUCCCAGAGUUUCCAGCUCCCGCCGGAAGAACCGGAAGGCGCAUUUCACGGCGCCGUCCAGCGUCCGCCGCGUCCUGAUGAGCGCGCCUCUCAGCUCCGACCUCCGCGCCAAGCACAAUGUCCGGUCGAUGCCUGUCCGGAAGGAUGACGAGGUCCUCGUCGUCCGGGGGACCUACAAGGGCCGGGAGGGGAAGAUCGUCCAGGUGUACCGCCGGAAGUGGGUGAUCCACAUCGAGCGCAUUACCAGGGAGAAGGUGAACGGGUCCACUGUCAACGUUGGGAUCGACCCCUCGAAGGUCGUCAUCACGAAGCUGAGGCUGGACAAGGACAGGAAAUCGCUGCUCGAGCGCAAGGCGAAGGGCAGAGCCGCCGCCGAGAAGGACAAGGGGACCAAGUUCACCGCCGAGGAUGUCAUGCAAAACGUCGACUGAUGAGGUCUCGUUCAGGGUUCUUCCUAUCAUAUCGCCAUUGGUUUUUCAUGUUAUCGACUCUCAGCUUAAAUGCCUUCUUUAGUGAAUUUUGCUGCAAACAGUUCAGAUUUUUAUUAUAUGAGACCUUAUUUAGUUUUUGCCUGAA